CCGGCGACCCGGUUUGACCCACCCCAGUAGCGUGUCGUGUCGUGUCCGCGUGGCGGACCGCAAUAAAACCAGUCUCAGCCAGCGUGGCUAGAAAAAAAACCAAACCAAACCGGGGAAGCGCGACGCGGCCACGACCCGACCGACCCAACGCGGCCACGCGUCUCGUCGUGUUUCUCCUUUUCCACCUCCCCUUUUUUUUCCACGCACUUUAAUUUGAGCAAUUUAAUCCGCGCCUUCCUCUCACAAGUCUCCUCUUCUUCUACGUACUCCUCUCCUUCCCCCGCGCAGCCGUACACGACUCCCGAUGAGAUGACGGCCACCGCCGCCGUCGUCGCCGCCCGCCUCAUCCAAUGACCCCGCUCCUCCUCCUCCUCCUCCUCCCCCUUCUCCUCCUCGCCCCGGCCUCCGCCUCCACCGUCGCCAUCGCCGCCGGCCCCACCGCCUGCGCCGUCGCGGAGGGAAACUCCACCGUCUACUGCGCCUCCGCCACCAACUCGUCCUCCUCCGCCGCCGUCGCGCCGUUCGUCAGCUUCUCCCAGGUGUCCGGCGGCGGGGGGGCGUUCGUCUGCGGGCUGCAGGUCGGGGGGCGCGCGCUCUUCUGCUGGCCCGCCGCGGCGCCGGGUCAGCUCAGGCGGGUGUACAACGGCCCGGGCCAGCUGUCACAGCUCGCCGUCGGGGGCGGCCAUGUCGCGGCGUACGACGCCGCGGCGCGGGUGAUACGGUGGUGGCGUGGCGGGGACCGGUUCCCUCUCUGGUUCGGCGGUGGGUUCGCCUCCCUCGUCUCCGGCGACGACUUCACCUGCGCCGUGGAGACGAGCACCUCCGCCGUCCGGUGCUGGGGCCCGCGCGGCGGCGCCGUGGAGGCGGGUUUUCUCAACGCCUCCGUCUCCGCCCUCGCCGCGGGAGGUUCCCGCGCGUGCGGGGUGAGGAGGAACGACGGCGGCGUGCUCUGCUCCGGCGGUGGCGUGCUCGCGCCGCGCGAGGACCUGUACGUGGACGGCCUGGCCGUCGGCGACUCCCACGCGUGCGGCCUCCUCCGGCCGAACCACACCGCCGCGUGCUGGAGCCUCGGGGGCGCCACCACCACGCUCUACUACCCGGCGGUCGGCACGGCGUUCGAGCUCCUCGUCGCCGGCGGUAACCUCACGUGCGGCCUCGUGUCGGCCAACUUCAGCCUGCUCUGCUGGUCGAGGGAUGGGUUGGUGGCGGCGGAGGUGAACCUGCCGCCGAUCCUCCCCGGCGUCUGCGUCUCCGACAACAGCUCGUGCAAAUGCGGCCCGCUCCCGGACUCCGGGAGGUUCUGCAAGGUCUCCGGCGACGUCAUCUGCAGAAGGUUCUGUGACACGUCGCCGCCGCCGCCGCCGCCGUCUCCUCGUACGCCGUCGCCGCCGGCGACCCCGAGCUCGAGACGCGGCGUGUCCAAAGGCUGGAUCGCGUUCGCCGUCGUCGGCGCGGUGGGCUGCUUCGCGGGGCUCUGCUCCAUCGUCUACUGCCUCCUCUUCGGCUUCUGCAGCCACAAGAAGGUGCACAACUCUGUCCAGCCCAACAUCGCCAGCAACAACAACGGCGGCGGCGGCGGCGGCGCCGCCGCAGCUGUCGGCAGUGGCGCGCCGAGCCCGUACGGGUCGCCGAACGGGUCGCUCGGCCGCCUGCGGCGGCAGCUGUCGCGCGUGAUGACGCGGCAGCGGAGCGGGCCGUCGUCGUUCAAGGACCCCGCCGAGGAGUUCACCUUCGCGCAGCUCGCGGCGGCGACCAAGGACUUCGCGGCGGAGGCCAAGAUCGGGGAGGGGAGCUUCGGGACGGUGUACCGCGGCAAGCUCCCCGACGGGCGGGAGGUGGCCAUCAAGCGCGGCGAGUCGGGGCCGCGCGCGCGCAAGUUCCAGGAGAAGGAGACGGCGUUCCGGUCGGAGCUGGCCUUCCUCUCGCGGCUCCACCACAAGCACCUCGUCGGCUUCGUCGGCUACUGCGAGGAGAGCGACGAGCGGCUGCUGGUCUACGAGUACAUGAAGAACGGCGCGCUCUACGACCACCUCCACCCCAAGCCCAACGGCUCGUCCUCGCCGUCCCCGUCGCCGGUGGCCACGUCGUGGAAGCUGCGCAUCAAGAUCCUGCUCGACGCGUCGCGCGGCAUCGACUACCUCCACUCGUACGCCGUGCCGCCGAUCAUCCACCGCGACAUCAAGUCGUCGAACAUCCUGCUCGACGGCAGCUGGGUGGCGCGCGUGUCGGACUUCGGGCUGUCGCUGAUGGGGCCGGAGACGGAGGAGGUGAAGCACCUGUCGAUGAAGGCCGCCGGGACGGUGGGGUACAUGGACCCGGAGUACUACGGCCUCCACCACCUCACCGUCAAGAGCGACGUCUACGGCUUCGGCGUCGUCAUGCUCGAGGCGCUCACCGGGAAGCGCGCCAUCUUCAAGGAGGCCGAGGGCGGGAGCCCCGUCAGCGUGGUGGACUACGCCGUCCCCAGCAUCGUCGCCGGCGAGCUCAGCAAGGUGCUCGACGCCCGCGCGCCGGAGCCGAGCGCGCACGAGGCCGAGGCCGUCGAGCUGGUCGCCUACACGGCGGUGCACUGCGUCCGGCUGGAGGGGAAGGACCGGCCGGCGAUGGCGGACAUCGUGGCCAACCUCGAGACGGCGGUGGCGCUCUGCGAGGACAGCGCCACCGGCGGCGGCGCCGCCGGCCAUGGCAACAGCUCGUCCAGCGCCAGCCUCUCCAUCACGUCCAUGGAGUUGAGUAGGAUGGAUUGAUUGAGAUUAGUAGCUUCCCUAAUUCAAAUCCAGAGUUUCAAAUUGUGAUUAGCCCCGGAAGGAGAUUUUAAAAUUUGUUGCUUCACUUCAUUUUUUUUAGAGGAGAACAUCAUUUGUGUGAUUCUCUCACACAUUUUGUUCAUGGUGGCUGUACAUGAUUUUGUAUUGAACUGAUUUCUCUUUUCAUAGAUGAGAAAAUUUCUCUCUUUUUUUUUCUACUACAAACAUUCAACAAGAAACCAACCACAUUGAUUU